GGAGACGCUCGGCCCGUUCGAGUCCCCCCUCGCUGGGGCCCCGGCUCCAGCAUGAAGGGUUAUGUAAGUUUUUCAGCUGCCAGCCCUCCUGCCUGCCUCUGCCUCACAUUCACAGUGUUAUUGACUCAGAGAGGAGCUCGCAGAGCGGUCGGCCGGUAGUCAGUGAGUCAGUCAGUCACUGAGGCAGUCGAUUCGAGAGCAGCCGAGUGUCCGACGAGGCUGAGAAGAGGAGGGACAAGUCAACCUCCGUGUUACUUCCUUUGCAAAAGUUUAUUUUUUUCCCUGAAAGAGGAGGCAGCUUUGAGACAAGGAGGCAGAGGAGACCAGAUCUUCUCGUUUCAACCAUGCUGCUCCUGGAUGAAUCCGAGUCAUUCGCAGACCAGUCCCACAGCGCCCCCUUCAGCUCCGAGAAUGAGGCUCAGGGCGGCGACCCGGCUGUGUGGCAGUGCACCCCUCCCCCAUCUACCUCACCCUCGGCGGAGACGCCGGCUCACCCACCAUCCCAGCCCGGGUCCAGACCCCACUCCAGGCCGGCAAGCCAAAGCCCCUCGCCUCCCUCCGCCCUGACAGGAACCAAGAAGAGGAGCUCCAAACCUGUACACAUGAGACGCAACAUCAGGAAGUUGCUGAGGGAGCAUCAGUUGGAGGCCGUGACCAAAGCCGCCCAGCAGGAGGAGCUGGAGAGACGGCGACGUCUGGAGCAGCAAAGAAAACAGGAUUUCCCCGUACCGCUGCUGCCUGAAUACACAACUGGCGACGUGACGAAGCACGUGUCGUCAUCGUCGGCCUCGGCGGCGGCUUCUCAGCAGGAGGUCAAGCCGAGCAGACAGGAGGUGAUCUGCGUGGACUCCAGCAGCACCGGAGAGGACGACAGCAAGACCGACGAAGCCACAGCAGCAGCUAAAGAGCACAAAACAGGUGAGACGCACUGAUGUCGGCUUUGUCUUGGAGCAUCUUAGAUCAGCAAGUCGCUUCAGCAUCACCUGAUGAGCUACUGAAAUCAGAUAACAUACAUUUCAGCAACUGAAACUAAGGAUUUUUUGUUUAUUUCUGUCUUUUUGUCUGUAUUUUUUAUGACUCAAGUGUCGUGUCCUUGUCACAAAGCAGGUGUUUUGUUUUGCAUUUGCAUCAGUGUUUUUAAGAUUAAGCUAUUUCAGAGACGAACACGACUAAAUCACCUCAUUAAGACAAGUUUAGGAGGAAGUUGAUUCUUCUCAAAGCAGAAAAAUACACAUCAGAGAGAAAAUCAGCUACAGAUGACAUUGUUUGCAAAUCUGAAGCUCUGACAAACGUGUUAAAGGCUGAAGAUCUGCUUUGUGACUUCAUAGCAGAACACAAUCUGACUGAACUACAUAUAAACAGUAC